GCUAGUAACAAAUUUCGGCUAUACUGACCGUGGAAGUGGCGACCAGUUGUAGGGGACCACUUUCGCUUUUAUUCCGGGGACCGUUUGGGCCAAGAUCGGACCUUUAACUGUCUCCAGACUUGCAUCUCGCUUCGACUGUUACGGCAACUCCAAGGAAUCGUCGUGCCGGGUCUGCCCUGCGUUCUUUCUACGAGAACAACGCUUUGUUCUCAACACCGCGGACUGACCCUUUCGAAGUUUGUGGUCGCUGGGUGAGGGAUGGGGUGUUGGAAGGCCUAGGCAGUGCGCGACGGUAUACUCUUCGACACCGGAGCACGACUGACCUGGGCGCGUCUUGGAACAUCUGUGGUGCAGAAGGUGGUGGAAAUGCAGCAUCAGCUGUAUGCUGGAAGAGAGUCACCGAGCGCUACCUCCUCCGGAUCGCCCUCAAGUGCUCACAUUCAGUCCCAGCAGUCGCUACCAAUACCGUCGUUCGCUCCCCAUAGUCGACCGGGACUACAGUCACAAGACUCAGCAACAACAAUGGCUUCUUAUUACCCUCAUGAUCUAGGGUCGGUCUCCCCCCACGAAGGAUCGUCGCACCUCAGCGACACCCUACGGACUGGCGUAGCAAGUGGCACUCCGUCUCCCGCUCAGCUUUCAGCCAUGAUGAUGCACAACCCCAAGCGGGCAUACCGCCAACGAAGAAAGGAUCCCAGUUGUGAUGCGUGUCGAGAGCGCAAAGUCAAGUGCGAUGCAACAGAGACCACCAGUUGUACAGAGUGCUCGAGUCGCAACGUUCGCUGCCAGUUCACCAAGGACACAAAUCGCCGCAUGUCAUCUAUCAAGCAAGUACAGGAUUUAGAAAGGCAACUAAUAGAAGCCCGCCAACAGCUGGACCGAUUCCAUGCCGUCGAGCAGAGGACCGAGUUCUCAACCGACUUUCGUCCUGACGCCACUCUCCUGGCUUUCACCGACUUCCCAGCCGUUGGAAAAUCCCCUAGACGGAUGUUGAAAGCAAGGUCACCUCAAGAUCUCACAAAUGCAAGACUGCAGUUGAAUGAUAUUGGCCGGGGGUUGCUGAAACCUCCCGUCACGGGCACAAACCCACGAUCGCACGGCUCACAUUCGAACGUUUCAGACCUGCAAGGGCUACCAUCACGCCCUGCAGCAGAGCGCUUGUUGCAUUACUAUCACGAAUGCGUACAUCGUCAAUUUCCUGUUCUGUACUGGCCAAGAUUUCAGCGGACGUUUGCGGUCGCAAUGGACAGACCCAGUACACAUACCCUACCAACAGAUUGGGUCGCGGUCUUGUAUGGAGUGCUUGCUUGCGGCGCGCUAGCUACCCACGACUCCAGUAGGCUUCCGGAAGCGCAAGAUUACUUGACUCGGGCCAUUUCUACGAUCAAUUUCUGGGAGGACGAUGUCUCUGUUAAUCAGGCCAUUGUGGCAUUUCUGGCCAGCAUUGCCCUGGUUGAAAUGAACAGAAAAUCUGCCAGCUGGAUAUGGCUAGGCUCUGCUAUUCGUGUUGUGCAGGAUUUGGGACUUCACGUCCAGGGCGGUCAGUGGUCACCCAUUGAAGGAGAAAUGCGGAAACGCAUAUGGUACUCCUUCUAUGUUUGGGACCGACUCCUCGCUCUGGAACUCGGCAAGCCCAUGCUGAUCAACGACGACGAAUGCGACACCGAGUAUCCUCAGGUUCUUGACGAAGAACGGUUAGUGACCGACGAUCUUCAGACUCCUCUUCCUCCUACUCUGUUGUUGGCGAGUGUCCACGUUGCACGACUGAUGGCUCCUCUGGCCAAGAUGUUUCGCUCUCUGUGUAUCACCAAUGAAGCCUUGACGAGAUUCGAGACACAUCUGGGUGAAUGCCUUCAACUAUUUCCUCGGCAAGUGCAGCUGUCAUCGACGGCAGCAUUAGAUCCGUGUAUUAUGGUACCACUCAUCUACUUCCAAAACAGCCGCAUCCUGUUACAUCGCCACAAUCUGUCUCCGUCAUCGUCUCCCGAACAGCGUGCGCAAGCGAUCGAGCAAUGUGUCCAUGCGGCACGAGAUACUGCCGGGGUCCUUUCGAGGUGCAUGGUACCCAACUCAAAAUCACAAGAUUGGGAGCAGCGCUUCAUACUCUCUUCGACGACGUUGCUCUGUACGCACAUGUGGCGAUGCAUGCUCCUACUAUUGUUUCGGCAAUUUUUUGAUGCCUUCUUCAUCGUGCUGAGAGCAGCUGCGACGAUUAACGAUGCCCGCUCGAUCAAUGUUUGUUGCGGCCGAUACCUCUCUUUUUUCCUGCGCCGAUUGAUCACCCACUUCGAGGGCCCAACUUCGCUUGGUCCAGAGCAUGACGAGGAAAUACUCGUGUACCUGACGGCAGAUCUACAGUCAAGUACGAAUAGCUGGGUAUGGGGUAACGCCGAAACAGGCACACACCUGAGUCGGCGACAGAAGCAUGGACGUCCAAAGCACUUGAAUUCAGAGACAGAGCCUCAGUCAACUCCCAGUGCGCAGUCUCCUUCGUGGGAUAACUUCCUUUCCGAAGAGGAACAGCACGAUUGGGGUGGGUGGUCGCACGUCGAGCAGGCGGCACGUUAUCUUCAGCGGCUAUGGGAGAACCGACAACAUCGCGGACCCGACCAGGUUCCAUCGCCAUAUCCGGGGCAACAGCAACCACUACCACCACUACCACCGCCAUCAAUCUCACAUACGCCUACACCAGGACUUCCAUCGUUGAUCCUCGCACCGAAUCAAGACACGAGUGAAAAUCGCACGCGAAUGAAAAUUGCCAGUAUCAUUUAGUAGCAGACAUUGCGUGGAGCAGGAGCAUGAGCAUGAGCAUGAAUAUGGACUUGGAGCAUGAAUAUGAACAUCAGCGUUAAAAGGGUCACGAGCGUCAUUAA